AUGGAGCUUAACCAGGAUGUCUCUCAGACUAAUAAUUCAAUCUAUGUAACAAAGGAACCGUACAGCCUGACCGCUGCCCUUGUCGCCAACACUAUGACACAGGCGUGUCACUACGCAGCCAACUUUCUGUAUAAGGUAAAGCAUACAGACAUCUCAGAUGCGUAUGAAACCUUUUUCAAGGAUAAAGAGAAAUAUGCCUUUUAUUAUUCCAUCGACCCCGCCCGCCUCCUCUGCCAUCUGCGAGACUACGUCUACGCCUGCUGCCACCAGUUGGCGUUCUUAAAGUCGCAGUGUUCUCGGGAUCAACUCAAUGGUGGCUGGCAGGAUUGUCGUUAUGGCAGCAAUGUAUCAUCUCCCAAGUCCCCUCUCCAGGUCUUCCUAACUGACGCCCCUGCCUCCAAGUUCAAGACAGAUCCCUUCGACCCGUGUGACAUCUGCCUCAAGAGCCGCGUCAACAUGGGAUUCACAAAGGAGGAUCUGCCUGAGAAAUUGGAAACUGGCAAGCAUAUUUCCACCAUCCUCAGUCCCACCUGCGGCGGCGAGGACCCUUUGUUGACGCUGUGCUCUUACCUCACCUGCCUCACCAGGCGGACGCCGCGUACCACGGGGGAGCUUGUAUCCUUCUUCCACAAUUUCGGGAAUGAGCUUCAUGAUGUGUCUCUCAAGUUGUCUCCACUGGGCUCCGCCCUCUCCAGUCCACAUUACGGCUGCCCCGAGUGGGACCGCCUUGGUGCCGAAGACCUACAAGCCGUCAAGGACAUCCGAGGCUCCGACCCUCCCAACUCCAACCACGACAAGGUCCAUGCCAAGACCCUGUCCACGCUGCUUGGCUGUGGCAUCGAUAAUGUGCAGUGCCCGCAACUCAUGAAGCCCAUCACCUAUCGGGCCUACGCCCUGUACUCUUCCAGCUUCGUACACCACUACCUCAGCUGGGUGGUCCACCUUCCCGACAGACUGUGGGAUUCACUGGUCAAGCUUCACUGUGAUCUCAAGGACCUUCAGUGCCACGACUCUAACUCCAAGUCCCUCCACCAGUGUGCCGACGCCCUGCCUCUACUCUACUCUCACGGCAUCACCCCUCCGGACGGAGCACUGCAGUCCUCACUCUCCUGUUCCGAGAUCAUCUCCAAGCUGGAACAGGUGGUCAACGGAAAGCCUAUCGCAGACCUCAUGACCGCCAUGGACACAUUCCUCUAUCGCAUCCGUGCGCCCUUCCUCUACACCAUCGUAGCGCUCUGGCUCACCGCCACGCUCUACAUCCUCCACUUACUCCUCUACCGCAUGGACGUCCUCCGCAUCCGCUCCCACCUCCUCACCACCAGGGCAUCCCACCUCAUCGACGUCAAGGCUUUACUCGCCGGCAGCCGCAGGAUGCUCUCACUCUACAAGGACGUCGACUACUUCGACGACGACUUCCACUCGUGA